UUUGCUUUCCACCUGUCUUUUCAAAGGACACAAAGAAACUCGCAACCACACUGGCUUAGCGUCCUCUAAACUGUUAUCAGUUCAGCUUGUAUUCUUGGCCACUUUUAAAACACUUAGGUUUGACACGCUGAUCGAUUCAAAUUCUCCUUGACAAAAAUGAAAUUCGCUUGUGGUUAUAUUCGAAUUUUGACCUGAAACGUGGAUAUUUAGCAUCAUGACAUUUCGUUUUGAAGAACCAUAGUAUCGAUAAUUUUUUUCCGGAAGAACUCAAGGCACGCCGAUGGCUCCUGCUACUAACAUCACAUCAACGGCUAUGAAUCAAAUGGAUUGCCGAGAGCCGACCAUGAAGCCAUUUGUCGCCCAGUCGUGCUUUCUCAUUUUCAUAGCCAUCAUAACACUUUUAGGAAACAUCUCAGUUUGCUUGACGGUAUUUCUCAAUAACAAUCUGCAUACUUUCACUAGCUACCUCGUCGCUUCACUGGCUUGUUCAGACUUAAUGGUUGCUACCCUCUCGCUACCAUUUCGGAUCCAUCAAACAAUUCAUAACACCCAGUGGUGCCUUAGUGAAUCUGCCUGCUUGUUUUGGAUUUGGGCAGACUUACUCUGUUGCUGUGCCUCGAUAGGAAAUCUAGCAUUGAUAAGCGUCGAUCGGUUUUUAGCCACCAAGUAUCCUCUGAGAUAUCACCAAAUAGUGACUUGUAGGACUUCUUGGUUGAUGUUAUCGUCUGUGUGGAUCUAUUCGAUAGUCGUGGCAUCCUCUGGUUUAACCAACUGGACUCCCCUUGCUGGGAAGCUCGUAGGCAUCAACAACGGCUGCUACAAGCCCGAUCCUUAUUAUUACACGUUUGCAGCAAUUGUUGGUUUUUUCGUUCCUCUCGUGGUGAUAAUGUGCGCUUACUGUUACAUUUUCAAGAUCGCCAUGGAACACUUCCGCGCCAUCUCGAGACUAACCGUUCCCGUUAUGCCUCAUGUGUCAAAUAGCAAUGAAAAUCAUCAAGCCUUGUACAAACAGCAACUUAAAGCCACGAAAACUCUAGCUAUAGUGGUUGGCGCCUUUGUUGUUUGCUGGUUACCAACUUUCAUAAUUCUGUUGGUCAAAACAUGGUGCCGGUCAUGUUUAAAUAGUCAACAGAAUCCUGAAUUGAGCGGUGUAUUUUUUGUUAUUAAUGUGGCAUUUGUCUAUACUCUGCCGAAUAUUAACUCCGCCAUCAAUCCUUUCAUCUACGUUGUUUUUAGUAAGGAUCUGAGACGGGCGUGUAUUAAGACUUUCAGAUCGCUUUAUCAAGAACUGUGUGAAAUAAGGACGGCGACAAGACAGUCGAAUUUUUAGUAAAGUUUACACUUAUAAGGUCUAUAUUUUUUUCA